AUGUGCUGGUUAUUUCUGUUCUUGUUAUUGGAGCAUGCUCUAUCACAAACCCUUCAGACCAUCAACAUAAUGUUUAUAAAUGAGGCAAAGAACCAAUUAGCGGAGAAGAGUUUUGAUGUAGUCCUGAAUUACUUAAAGAAGAAUCCCAAGCUUGGUGUUAAAGUGGAGGCAGUCGUACGAGUGACUAUAUCAGGAACGGACGCCAAGGCUAUUCUUGAGUCGAUAUGUGAAUCCUAUAACGGUACUGUUAUGGAUGGAAAACCACCUCAUAUUGUAUUGGACUCGACAAUGGAUAGUAUUCCUUCUGAAGCUGUCAAAACGUUCACUGAUGCUCUGGCUUUACCUACUAUCAGUUCAUCUUUUGGGCAAGAAGGAGAUCUCAGGCAAUGGAAAACUUUAGAUAAUGAAAAACAGAAAUAUUUAAUUCAGAUAAAUCCUCCCGCUGAUAUUAUUCCAGAAAUUGUCAAAAGUAUAGUACAACUUCAGAACAUUACAAAUGCUGGAAUCCUUUAUGAUGAUUCUUUUGUGAUGGAAUACAAAUAUAAAUCACUUCUUAUUAACAUGGCCACAAGGCACAUUAUCGUCCAUGUAAAUAAUGCAGAAAAUAUUGUAAAACAGCUGACAAGAUUCAGAGACCUAGACAUUGUCAAUUUUUUCAUUCUUGGAGGAUUACCAACAAUUAAAAUUGCUCUUGAUACUGCGAGUACGAAGCAAUAUUUCGGGAAGAAAUUUGCUUGGCAUAUAAUUACUCAGGAUAAGGGGCAGCUAUCAUGCUCCUGCAGCAAUGCGACAAUACUCUACGUUAAACCUGAACCCGAGCCUGGUAUGAAAGAGAGGCUCGACGGUUUAAGGAAUUCUUUUAAUCUUGUCGAGGAACCAGAAAUCACAUCAGCAUUUUAUUUUGAUUUCUUUCUACACUCCAUCUUAGCAGUAAAAAAUCUGCUAGAUAAGGAUGACUGGCCAAAAGAUUUCAACUAUACUCUUUGCGACGAUUAUAGAGCGGAUAGAGAGAUAAUCAGGAAAGACAUAGAUUUAAUGAAAAACCUAAAAACGGUAAACGAACCCUAUUCGUAUGCUCCAUUUUUAUUAGAAAGGAAUGGAAACAGUUUUCCUGAAUUUGUCAUGAAGCUGGAAAAAGUAACAAUUGUAAAUUCACAAUCUGAAAGCGCAGAAAGUAUGGGCACAUGGAAAGCAGGAUUGAAUUCACCAAUAAUUCUAAAAGAUGCUACAGCUAUGAAUAAUUUUUCAGCAGUUACAGUUUACAGGGUUGUUACGGUUAAGCAAAAACCAUUUGUUAUCGAAUAUGAAGAAGAAGGAAAGAAAAAAUAUAAGGGAUAUUGCAUUGAUCUAAUAGAUGAAAUAAAAAAGUUGGUCGGAUUCGAUUAUGAAAUAUAUGUAGCACCUGACAACCAAUUCGGUAAUAUGGAUGAUAAUGGAAAUUGGAACGGAAUGAUAAAAGAACUUGUAGACAAGAGAGCAGAGAUUGCCUUGGGCUCGCUGGCGGUGAUGGCUGAACGAGAAAAUGUUAUAGAUUUCACUGUCCCCUAUUACGACCUAGUCGGGAUAACAAUUUUAAUGAAGAAGCAAACAACGGCGACAUCUCUUUUCAAAUUUCUUACAGUACUUGAAAACGAUGUCUGGCUUUGUAUAUUAGCUGCAUACUUUUUUACAAGUUUUCUCAUGUGGGUAUUUGAUAGGUGGUCUCCUUACAGCUACCAAAACAACAGGGAAAAAUACAAAGAUGAUGAGGAAAAAAGGGAAUUCAAUUUAAAAGAAUGUUUGUGGUUUUGUAUGACCUCACUCACUCCACAGGGUGGAGGGGAGGCUCCAAAGAACUUGAGUGGAAGACUUGUAGCGGCUACCUGGUGGUUAUUUGGUUUUAUAAUUAUAGCUUCAUAUACUGCAAAUUUAGCCGCAUUCCUUACAGUUUCAAGACUCGAUCAACCGAUUGAAUCACUCGACGAUCUUGCAAAGCAAUAUAAAAUUCAAUAUGCUCCACUCAAUGGCUCGGUAGCCAUGACUUAUUUUCAAAGGAUGGCUAAUAUUGAGAAAAGAUUCUACGAGAUAUGGAAAGAUAUGUCUCUGAAUGACAGUCUCAGUGAAGUCGAGCGGGCUAAACUUGCAGUUUGGGAUUAUCCGGUAAGUGACAAAUAUACCAAAAUGUGGCAAGCUAUGAAAGAAGCAAAGCUGCCAAACACGUUAGAAGAAGCUCUGGAUCGUGUCAGGAAUUCUAAGUCUUCUUCAGAAGGAUUUGCAUUUCUUGGUGAUGCAACUGAUAUAAGAUACCAGCAACUGGUAAAUUGUGAAUUCCAAAUGGUUGGGGAUGAAUUUUCAAGGAAACCUUAUGCAAUUGCUGUACAACAAGGUUCACCUUUGAAAGAUCAAUUCAACAAUGCUAUUCUUCAGUUAUUAAACAAGCGAAAACUGGAGAAAUUGAAGGAAAAAUGGUGGAGUGAGAACCCUGAAAGACAGAAGUGUGAAAAACAGGAUGAUCAGUCAGAUGGAAUCAGUAUUCAUAACAUUGGUGGAGUUUUCAUAGUUAUUUUUGUUGGAAUUGGACUUGCUUGUAUAACGUUAGGAUUUGAGUAUUGGUGGUACAAAUACAAGAGACCAGCUGAUGGAGGUGGUGGUCCAAUGGUGGUAAAACCUACGAUAGGAGGAGGAAGAAAUGUAGAAAAGUUGAGUGUAACUGGAUUAGCAGAUUUCGGUCAUCAUGCAACAUUCAGAUCUAGAAAUACACAUAAUUCUAAUAUGAGAAGAGGGAACUUAGGUCAAAUACCUACUUCACAAUGGUAA